AUGCAGCGUGAGGUGAUCAAAUGGGUUCAGUCUCUCGACCUCUCUAGUCCUAUACGCAACCCCAAGCGCGACUUAGCCAACGGGGUUUUGGUCGCGGAGAUUCUUUCACGUUAUUGCCAUGGUCGGGGCGCGGACAAUGACGGUGGCAGCCCCCGCGUCGCCUUUUCAAUGGCCGGCAUUCUCACAGGGAGCUCUGCUGAGAGUCGGCGCCAUAAUUGGAGCCUCAUUUUGCGCAUUCUUCAAGAAUUGAAAUGCGGUACGGUGACGGCGCCUCUGGUGGAGGCUGUUCUUCGUCUGCAGCCGCACUCCGCGCAGGUGGUUCUUGAUAAUUUAUACAUGUUUUUCACCCAACAUACCCUUCCCACGGCGUCACUUGGGUUAGAUAGAGCGGCCAAGGGUAUCCGAGGUGGCCCCGAGGAGGUCUUGACCUUUGAGGAAGAAGGAGAGCCGGAUGCGAAGUUGAUGGGGGCGGCUCAAGAAGCCUCGCCUUUCCGUCAAAUGGAGGGUCCUGCAUCGCGUCCUUUACUCGAGGUUGUAAUGUCGGACAUGGGGGAUAGGUCCGCGGACGAUGCCCCCAGGGCGACUGGGGAUCAUUUUAAGCUUUCCAAAGCCUCGGGGAAACCGGCUCACUGUCUGAAGGAACUUCUGGGGUUUACCGAUAAUGUGGAAUUGGCAGCCGGUGCUGCGGGGGUUUCCCAACCAAGCUAUACCCUCCAUACGGCCUCGACAUUGCUGCGAAUAGCUAACGACGAUCGCAAUCAAGUAGCUUUAGAUCGCGUGAAAUAUGUGGAGGAUGAACACACCUCCUACCUACGAAAUCGCAAGAUUAUCAAACAACACGAGGCGUUUAAUCGACUAAUUCGCACUGCUGAUAUGGCUUCACAGGGGAAGCGGCAAGGAUUGGCGACGAACGUCCAAGGGGGACGGGGGGCGCCCAGCACCACCGGCAUUUCACUCGCCAAGCGUAUUCGUGGGCGGUUCUUUUUAAACUCUAGAAAACCUUCCGAUCGACCUCGCCCCAACGGCAUCGGCGCCGUGGAUCCUUCGCAUUCACCUCCUCUUUCCCCAGCGCCCUUAAAACACGCCGAAGGAGGCGUAAGGGGCGCCACGAUAGCAAAAUGCACGGAGGAGGAGUCCAUCGCACUGUUCGAGGGCUAUCUUUGGUCGCUACGUGAGGGGAUGUCGUAUGUACUGCGGGAUGUCCUCAAGGCGCAUGGGGUCCUGGACCUACUUGCGAGUCUGUCGGACAUCAAUGUCGACACCCAGGACGAGUCCACGCGGUACGAUCUUUUUACCGCCUUGGUUGCGAAUCGACAGGGAUUGCCGCCGGAUACCCUGCGGGAUUGUUGGACGAUGCUCGGGAUUCACGCUUCUGGGAUCGCCGCCGCGAUCCACGCCCGACCCGACCAGUAUUCCUACCUUCUUCAAGCCCUCCGUUUUAUGUUCUCUACGGAGUCCGCCAAAGUUUCCCUUCUGCACGUUUCAACCGGGGAAACUCCGAACUUGUUGAACACGCCAGACCCAAAGUCUCCUUCUCUUUCACAAAGUCAAAAAUCCGACGGGCCGCAAUCGGCCGAAUCCCUCAACCGAGAGGAGGUGAAUCCGACGGACCCCACGGCGAAGACGACCCCGUCCGUCCCAGAGGACCUUCCUUCACGGGGGAAUUUGGUGAAGCGGAUUGCCGAUGCCCUUCUGGGAUUUAUGGAUUCCGAUCUCACCAAUGAUUCGAUGCGGCAUCGCGCGGUCUGCGCGAACAACCGCGCCUUUCAUCUGGUCAAUUGCUUGAUUUUUCUUUGUCGUGUGGGGCGGGCCCUCGCGACGGGGUGGUGGGAGAACCUCCAGGGUGAUGAGGCGGCGGAGUACGAGGCGGUUUAUUUCCCAUCCGAGGACGACAUCCCGAUUGACGUCAUGGCAUCCUACUUUCUUCCGGCCUCACGACGAGGGCUGCUGGAGGAAGGCACCCCGGCGAUUGUGGAGGCCGUCGCGCGGGUUUUGGUUGCGACGCUCAGCGUUCACGACAAGCCAGAGGAAUCAUCUCUGCCAGAGAUGGUUGGGCAGGGCUCCCCCACUAUGCGUUCAAUUGUUAACGGAUUUGAUAGUCGUAAUGCAAAGAAGUUUUAUUUUGUUACGCGAAUACUUGGAUUUAUCGAGCAGCAUAUUACACCUGCUUUUGAUUGUGGUGUGGGCGUACCAUCUCGCGCAGCGUGUGAUACCGUUUCAAUUAACAGGCCAUUUGCUGUACGGAAAAAUUACUUUCGGUUCAGCCUCACGGUCUAUCAUAUUCUUCGUCGGCUACUUCAAACCGGCUUUGAGGUGAUUACGGAAAGAGGUUAUGAUGCUGAAUUGGUACAGUUAAAAGAAUGUAUCUCAUCCUUUGCUUUUAAUGCACUAAGCGGGGAGACGCUGGAUCAGCGCUGCGUCGGUGUCGCUUUUUUGAUUUUGCUGGUUUCUGUUCGCCCAUGGGUGGAGGAAGCUUUCUCUAUGGAGAAUUUAUCAGGAUCCCCCACGUUUCCGUCAUCUGUUCUGUGGACUUUUGUUCAACCUUUCAUGCGCGUGAGCAAGCAUUCCGCCACACCCCAUGAUGCCGUUUUAGUAGAAACCUACUUAGCCCCCACUCUGCACACAUGGGAGCUGCGUGUUUUGACGCUUGAAUUCUUUUCCCUACUUUCCAUACAGGUCGCGUAUGUUUUCCCCAGUGAGCACCAACCGACUUCACAUGGUGGGUUCCCUUCUUCACCGGUGUCACUUAGCGAGAGGGAAGGCGGUCCCAAACUGCCCUCGGGGUUCUUCACCCCGGCCGAUCUCCCACUUGCCUUGCAGGACACGGUGGUGAAGACGUUACGGAGCUUCACCAAAGACCCCAAACCCCACCGCCAACUGGCCCUGUCAAUUGUGGGGCGGCAUCUCCUACCGGACGUCCAUCCGCGUAUUGCCGGGGCCUGGUUGAAGCUUCUGGUAGGGAUGACCCCCAAGGCCUUCAUUCGCGCGCUGUUACCCCUAGGGGAUCCUCUCCUACGCUUGAACAUCCCACGCGGGAGUGCCCAGCUGUUACUGUCCUCGGAAACCUGGCAUGAGGGUGGUAACGGACCUACGGACAAGGAGUCCCAGGCCUCGUUGGAGACCCUGGCGGGGGCCCCGUCCAUCGUGAUGCUCUACGGACGCAUUGAGCCCUGUUACGCGGUGAUGCCGUUGAACCAGACGUGGAACGUCGGGGCGGUGGUGCACAUCGUCUUGCAGCAGCUACUGCGGCCGCCGCCACGAAAAGGGUUGAAUGCGGAAUGGCGCUGCGCAACGCCAUUUCAGCUUCUGCAGAUUAUCGCUGCAGCCGCGAUGAGUCCACAGGAUAAUGAGCUUCAAGGCCGACAGCUAUUGAGGGAUUUGAAUCUGAUCGAUCUUUUCACGCGCCCUCUGGGCGGAGUCGCGCCGUCCUUAGAGGUCGAACAGAAGCAGACACCUAACGAGGGCAGCACCAAGUUGGCGCAUGGCGAUCCUGGCGAGGAAAAUGAGCAGGAGGGGUUGGAAAAGACAGAAACCGAUGAGGGGGAGGCUGAAAUUUCGUUAACACUGCGUAGUCUUGUGCAAACUGCGUCUCUACCAGAUCUCACCAUGACGAAUGGGGAGGGAAAUUCAUUUAAAUGGUCCACUUCCACACUGAUGCCAUUGAAGAGUACCGUGAAGGAUGUUGAUCCUUCUGGUUCGGUUGAUGCGAGUGGUGGAAAAGCACAGUUUUCUAUAUUUCAUGAUGACAAGCAAAAGGAAUGGGAUGUGAAACACGUGACGGCUGCUUUUUGGAGCAGCUCCCUGCGACACCUAGUCCCUUUUUUUGCUUAUCUUCUUCAACUUGAUAACUUCCCUGCGCUGAAAUAUUUUCCAUGGAGUAGAGAAGGAGGUGAGGAAACAAGGGGAGAGGAAGUUGACCAGAAGAUCAUUACCGCCGUGUUGCUGGCGAUAGUUCAUAAGAUUCUGCCGUCAGUAAACGUUGGUGAUAGAAUGCGUGGCCUGGAUGAAGAACACAAUGAUCGAGAAGUAUGCCAACAAAUUUUAUCCUGGUUCCUAUGA